AUGGCGGCAGAGCUGAGACUGACACUGUUGCCACCAGAAAUAUCCUUACUUCAUAAACUGACCGUACUGAAUGUCAGUCACAACCAGUUAGCACAUCUCCUUAAAGAGUUGUCAGAGCUUGUAAAUAUUAAGGAACUCUUUCUCAAUCACAACAAUAUUGAUGAAUUUCCUUUUGCAUUGAAAUUUGAAGGUACUCUCAUUGAUUCCAAUCAAAUCUCAGUAUUCCCAGGGGUUCUCUGCAACCUUCCUUAUCUCAGCAUAUGUGAGAACUUGAUUCAGAGUUUACCAAAGGAUACUGAAGAGCUCAGGAAACAACAAGAAUUUUCAAUGAGUAACAACAAGCUUAUAUUUCUGCCUGAGCAGCUUUUCUGGCUGAUAAAGUGAAAAGAACUCGGAGUUGGUAAUAACAAAUUGGAGUUUCUUUCAGAUAAGGUGGAGAAUUUAUGAGAACUUGGGUUCCUGAACCGCAAAGCUUUAUUCAAAAGCAUUACAGAUGAUCUUUGCAACUGUACCAUGUUGAAACAUCUCGUUAUACAUAAUAAAACCCAGCUUCCUGCAAAUAUUCACAGAUUUAAACCUUUAAAGGAGUUUUCUUUAAGUAGAAACUGACUGGACUCACUGGAUGAACAAAUAGCACAUUUAAAAGACCUCUCCAAAAUAGAGUUUUCUGGAAACACAUUAAUUUAUAUUCCUGUUGAAUUAAAAAAUUGUAUAUGGAAAACCAAAGCUGACCUCAGCGAUAAUAGGCUCUCUCAAUUUCCAAACGUAUAGCGUGCACUGUCUGAUCUUGAACCCUUAAAUCUUAGCGGCAACGCUAUUUCAGAAAUAAUUAAAGAUUUGGAGCAUCUGGAGUUAAACAAAAAUAAAGUGUCCUUGUUUUCUGCAUGCUUGUGUACCCUUACAGAAUUAUUUUACUUGGAUGUAAGUGAGAAUGAAAUCAAUAGCACGUCAGCAGUGGUGCCCGAGAUGAAGGCUCUCCAGGCACCGCUGUUACACCGCAAGCGUGACUCAUUUCCUGAAGAACUGUGUUCUUUGAAGUUUUUAAAAGCACUUGGUAUCUCAAAUAAUCAGAUAAAGACGAAGGCAUUGACGGCGUGUCAAAUGAAUGGGCUGAAGUUAACUAAAAUUCCAGAGGAGCUGUCUGAACUGGUUUGCCUCAGGGAACUGGACAUAUCUCACAAUGCAUUAAAGGAAAUGCCAGAAAGCAUAGGGGAACUGGAGUAUGUGGUCCAUUUAAUUAUUAAUUAUUAUAAUAUCGGCCAGCUCCCCAAAUCUAUUACAUCACUAAGAAAUCUCCAGCAACUUGACCUGAGCAGUGAGUACCAGGCAUUCAAUCCAUCAAUAAAAUGCAAGCAUUGA